UCGGAUUGUUGUACAGAGAGCUUAUCAUAAACGUAGGCUGUAACUACUGAAGCUGUGGCUCUGAGCAUUGUUAGCUACAUAGGCUGCAGCAUAUCUAUUGUCAGUUUAAUAAUUACGCUGUUCUUCAUGGUGGUACUCAGGAAGGUUCUUAAUAAAGGAGUUCUGUUGUACAUCCACUUUAACCUGUUCCUGGCUCUCCUGAUGGCUCUUAUUCUCUUUGUCUCUGGCAUGGAGACAGCCACACACAUCAAGUGGCUAUGUGCCACAGUGGCUGCACUGCUUCACUACCUGUUUCUCUGUGUCUUCUGUUGGAUGUUGGCUGAGGGAAUACUGCUGUAUGUGUUGGUAGUCAGAGCAUUCACCACCAAUUUCAAGAAAUGGUACUACCUCCUUCCUCUUGGAUGGGGACUGCCUCUACCAAUUGUUGCUAUAUCGGUUGGACUGAGACACAACUAUUAUGGCACACCAAAUUUUUGCUGGUUGAGUGUGCAGAGUGGAGUGACAUGGAGUUUCAUAGGACCAAUGCUGGCAGUCAUCAUGGUUAACUCUGUGAUUUUGGUGUUGACGAUAAUAAGUGUGGUUCGUGUGAAGAGAAAAGCAUCUGUAGAUGCAAACCUCAGUGGCGCUAGCUUCAUCGUGAAUUCAGUCAAGACUGCCAUAGUACUGCUGCCUCUACUGGGGGUCACAUGGAUCAUUGGACUGUUUGCAGUGAACAGAAAUACCACCGUCUUUGCAUGGACCUUCACACUACUCAAUUCUCUACAGGGAACAAUGAUAUUUGCUCUGCACAUUCUAAGAAACAACAGAGUUAGAAAGUGGUUGCUGGGAAAAGUUGGGCUGGGGAGAAUUUUUGACGGUAAAAGUAGCACAAAGAGCAGUAAGCUACACCCUGUAUCACUGGCAGGGAGAGGGGAAGACACACUGCCAAAAUCAGAUUUUGAGAACCACAAUUCCACCUCGACCAUCAUUCAAAAAAACAAUAGCAUCAAUGUACAUCAAAGCAUGUGCAAUAGUUUUUUUUCAGUUUGUCACAUUUUGUUCAGCUUUGGGAUCGAGAGGUGCCAUUUCCAUAGCUUUAGUCUUCUCCUCCAGCUUGUCAGGGUCUUUAUUCACAGUUGGCACAUCACUUGAAGGCUCAGAAAGAGAGUCUAAUUGAGCACCCACAGUUGAAGAAUAUCUCUCAACCUUUGAACUGCUUUGCCUUGUGCUUGAUCUCUUUAUGGUGGAGUAGACCGUGGAUCCAAAUUGAGAUGACCUCAACGAUGACGCUACACUUCUCCUCAUUUUCUUGAUAUGAGAAUUGUUCCAAAAUUUGUCGCUGAGCACAACAUGAAAAAUGAAUAUGAAGCAACCCUGUGGGGAAGCAAUUCUGAUUAAAACUGCAGAGCCUUUGUAAUAGAGAACCUAAGCAAAAAAAAGUGCAGGAAAAGCUAACCUGGAGUGUGUUGAAGA